GAAGAGGCAAAGCAAACGGCGAACCCGGAAGGAGGAAGCGGGCUCCGAAGCUGAGGCGCGGCUCGUCCCCGCGGCCCCCCCGCCGCCGCCCCGCUGCUCAAGCCCCGGAGGGUGAACCCGGCCCCCGAAAGAGGCCCGAGGCCUCCGGUGGCCCCGGAGCGGGCGGCCGGCUUCCUGCGGAGCCCCUGGCGGCGCCGGUCUCUCCUGCCCCCCCCCCGCCCGCCGCCCCGGCUGAUCUCCCGGGAAGGACUUCGGGUCCCCCAGCCGGCUUGGGGGCGAGGCGGAGACUUGAAGCCAGGUCUGCUGCGUCCCCAGAACUGGGCUUGAACCAUUCGCGCUCCCUCUUUGAAACGCAGGAAUCCGAUUUUCUCUCCCCCACCUCCCCACCUCUUGGUUAGGCGCUGAAAGGCUGCUUCUCUCUAUGGCAGGAGAUUUUGCCCUAUUUCUAACUAUGAUAAGCCCAGGCCUGGGCAGCAACAUUUUGCGGGUUGGUUUGAUUAAAUGCUGCUCUAUUGCAAAAUGAAAAUAAAACAAAUCUUUCCAUAUAGAAUGCCAUGAUGUCAAGAAAGAAGUGUUCUAGCAUAGCCUUUUCCCUGCCAUACUGAUUUUCUGCGUGCAGGGAAUGCUUUUGUUUGUUUGUUUGUAUAUAUGGAGAAGCAUUCAGUUGUAUGUGCCUCCACCUACAAUGUAAAGUGGUACAGCCCAGGUAUAGGCAGCUUAUCCCAACAGUUCUUUUAUCUCCAGCUGAUGACCUGUAGCUCAAUAGAUUUCUGUAUUUGCUUUUUAAAGGUUUCCGUCUUGACCAUUCUCUCCACUCCCCAGAACCUAUCUGAAUGAGUACAGCCCAAGGGGGCUGGAGUUGUGACAUGGUACAACCAGGCGGAUGCCCGGGUAAUGACUGCGGCAUGAUGGGCGAUGAUUCCUCUCUGGGCAAAGCUGCCACCAUUCACCUUCCAGCUGAGCUGGCCGGUCAUGAGGUUGUGCAGCACUUUCUGGCUGAGAACAGAGAUCUCAAAGGUGAGGACCUGGUGAACUGAGUUGGGCAUGCAGCUCUGCGUAGAAAAUAAUCAGUUGGAUUGUUGAAAUGUUCACUUUUUUAAUUCCAGCACUCAGUUUGAACUCAGUACAUGAUUUCCACCAUGAGUGUUUCUGUGACUGGGUGCUGUCAGAGUAGGUGGCUCACUACUUGUUGUUUAGUCGUUUAGUCGUGUCCGACUCUUCGUGACCCCCUGGACCAGAGCACGCCAGGCACUCCUGUCUUCCACUGCCUCCCGCAGUUUUGUCAGACUCAUGUUUGUAGCUUCGAGAACACUGUCCAACCAUCUUGUCCUCUGUCGUCCCCUUCUUCUUGUGCCCUCAAUCUUUCCCAACAUCAGGGUCUUUUCCAGGGAGUCUUCUCUACUCAUGAGGUGACCAAAGUAAUUCUAGUGAGGUGGCUCACUAGAAUUGUUUAAAUCAGAAUUCUGCAACUUAGUGUCCUCCUGAUACUUUGGACCCAAACGCCCAUCAUUCUUAACUAUUGGCUAUGCUGGCAAGGGCUAAUGGGAGUUGUAGUCCAGCUUCUCAAGGGUACCAUGUUUGAAAACACUAGUUUAGAUUGAUCAGAUUCUAUAUUCUCACUUUUGUUAACUUCAGUAGCGCCAGAUACAUUUGUGAAGUAAAACUCUUGAAGUGGACUUAAUGGGAUUUGACUCCUGGGAGUGAUGUGAUGGGUUCAAACUGAUAUAGCUAAAGUUUGUUCAGCUUGUUUAUUUCAUUUCAAUACUGGCCAGUCUCCAAAAUUCUCUGGGCUGUUUACAAUAAAAUAUAUACCGUAUUUUUCGCCCCAUAGGAUGCACUUUUUCCCCUCCAAAAAUGAAGGGGAAAUGUGUGUGCAUCCUAUGGGGCGAAUGCAGGCUUUUGCUGAAGCCUGGAGAGCGAGAGGGGUCGGUGCGCACCGAUGCCUCUCGCUCUCCAGGCUUCGCGCAGAUCUCCGCAAGCCGUGGGAGCCCGCGCCGGGCUCCCGUGGCUUGCGGAGUUGCCUGCAUGCCGAAGGCUGGAUGCGCUGAGCUGGGGCUGAUGGGCGCAUACUGGCUGGGGCUGAUGGGAGUUAAGAGUCCAACAACACUCAGAGAGGGUACAUAUUCCCCAUCCCUUCUCUGAGUAGUUGCUGUUUUUCCAUGCCAGAAAAGGACUUAUUCAUGCAUUUUGUUUUAAGGUCCAGGUUUAAUUUCAUUAGAGAUUCCAAAAGGUCCUCCAUCCCUAAAACCAUUUUGGGAUAUGCAGGAAUAUCUUUGUAGCUCUUACUUUCCUAGCAUGGGUGGUAAAAUGUGGUAGAGAAGAGGUGUUUCAGCCACCUUUGGUAGAAUCAGUGUCUAUAGCGCAGGGACAAACGAGUAAAGUGGGUGGGUGUUGUUAAAUCACAACUGAUUUGCAGCUGGCAGUAGAAGUAUAUUGAUGCUGAUUUUGCUGUGGAACUGGCCUAUGAAAUACUGUUUAUAAAAACAGAAAAUAAAAAGCAAGCUAAAAGCAGUGGCUUUUGAAUCUAAAGUAAUUGAAAUCUUGCAUACCUAAAUUACAGCUGUCUGUUCUUUUUUAAUAAUGUUUUUAUUUAUUUUCAUGGUACAGAAGAUAAAUUUUGAGAAAACAAUUGUUACAACAAUAAACAACAAAUAACUUGUCCUGACAAAAUUACAGACUUUAAUCAUGCCAUGUGCUGAAGUUUCAUUUGAUUACUCUAAGAGAUCACAUCACAUUUUCGCAUGAGUGCUGGGUGGAUUCCUGCCACAGUCUGAACAAUUUAUGUAUUUAAUAAAUUCUAACCCUUCAGUUCAAAAAUAUCCUGAGCAAAUUUACUUGAGACUGACUUCUUAGUUCUUAGAAUGACAGAAUAGGUUAUUAUAUACUACUAAAACAGAGAACAGAGAAUUCUAGGAGUGUAGACUCUUUUUGCAGAAUGGAAGUAAGCAAUGGCUUGGUUUACAUGUAAUGCUAUGUAAGCCAAAUCACAAUUUAACACAAGUGAGCAAACUCUUCCACUGCUUUGCUCCUUCGUUAUUUUGUUGAUGCACUGCACCAAGCCAUUGUUUGGCUUACUAUAUUUUCCAAACUUGGGCUCUUGGUUUCGCUUUCCCAAGCAAACCACAAGCUGUCAGCCAAAUAUGCAAUUCUAUAAUUCUAUGUUUCUAACCAUAGGAGAAACCUUAGCUUGGCUCACCUCAGCAGCAAAAUGACCGGAGAGGAGCAAAGCAGUCAUAGUCUGCGGGCCCUUGGCUUGCUUGCACAAAGCCACGGUGUGGCUCAGCGCUGCAUGUGAACAAGGGCUUUGACAGAAGGCACACCCUUCCUUAUGCAUCUACAUUCAGUCCCAUAAGCACACGGAAUGGAAUGAUUCCUUUCCUCGUGGAGAAGCAGGCACAUUGAUCCCACAAACAUCCCUUGUCUCUGUUCUGCUGGUAGAAGCUAUCCGACAAAGUAACCACAUGCUGCGGGAGCGCUACAAGGAGUUCCUGCAAUUCCAGGCUUCCCACAAGGAGGAGAAGGAAUUCCUCAUGCUCAAGUUCCAGGAAGCCCGACUUGUGGUGGAAAAGCUGCACUUAGAACGCACAGGGCUGAAAAAGCAGUUGGAGCAGGCUGUCCAGGAACUGGAGCGACUGAAGGAGCAACUGGUAAGAGGGAGGGCUGAAGUGUUGAGGUGGGGGCGGGCUCCCUUCAAUGCCUCUAUCCCAUGCUUCUGUUUAAGGGCAGCUCCUCUGACAAAGAAGCUGUGUGUGUUGACAUCAUGGACAGAGGAGAACCAGGAAAAGCAGUGAAACAAUUUUAGUUAUUUUAUGUGUAUCAGAUUUUUUGCUUUCCUGCUCACAGACAGCAUCUCAGCCAUUUCCCAAAGAGAAAGAGACCUCUGGAGCACAAGAGGAGCCAGACACUGUAACCCUUACUCAGGGAGAAGCUGUACUUGCUCUGGUAAGGAGAAGCAUUGUGUAGCUAGGUGAGUGGGUGUAAAAUCUGAGCUUGUCCCGAAGAAAUAAUACAAGUCACAGCUAUCAAAGCUACACACACACACACACACACACACACACACACACACACACACAAACAUGUUCUUGUAGAUUGUGCUGGGAGGGUUGGACAUUGGAUCACAAUGGUUGAUGUGUUGUAAAUUUUCAGUCAUGGUUAUGCACUUUCCUCUCCCUUUUCCAGGUCCCUGAGAUGCCACAGCAGAAAAAGGAGAGGCUGGAGGAGGAUUUGAAGGAGCUCCAGGAAGCCAACCAGGUCUUGCAGAAAGACAAGCUGGCAUUGCAGGCUGAGAUCUGUGCACUGCAACAAGCAGUGAAGGGCACCUCGCCCACAGAAAAGCCUGCAGUAAAGAUGAAGGUGAGAGUUGGUGGGGGAAACAACAGAACAUGUGAAAGGGUCACGGGUAGGCAAUGGAGACAAAGCUCCUAUGGAGUUUAGAAUAGGGGUGUAACUGUUUGCCUGCAAUCCUUCCGUUCUCACCUGCAACCCUGGCACCCCCUUCUUAGGGUCUUUCAACAUUGAGAAUUGGGCCGUUGAGGCUUAACAAAGAUAGAUUGAAAAUAAAUUUUAUUGUAUAAAAAGGAAAUUAGCAUACUUAUUAAUGUUGUUGAACAGAAUCAAUAAACAAUAUAUUGAUGGUAGGCUAAGUUUAAAGCCACUACAAAUAGUAAGAACUAUUUGUCUUCAAAAAGCAUGCCUUGGAACACAUGAAAAACCAGGAUGCAGUGCAACUGGUCAGCCUAAUAGUGGAGGGAGAAAGAUGUUUGGCUGAAUGAAGGGAAGGGGAUGAUCUGGCUCAAGGGGUGAAGGUGGUAAGAGAAGGGAAAGGGAUACUCGUGAGAGCUUUUAGAAAGGGAAGGUUGUCAAGAGGAGGAAAUGAGUUUGGACCGUGAUUAAGUGAAGCUCUGGGGAAGUUUUUAAAGUAUGAAUUGAAAGUGGAUGGGGGACUUUGGGGCAAUGGCUGAGAGUAAAGAUUCCAUUCUUGCAGUGGGUGGCUAUGGGAAGGAGAAUAUGAGAUUCUGAGGAGAAAAAGCAACAGAAGAAGAAAAGAGCAGUGCAAGGGGACGAAGGAAAGUACAGUGGUACCUCAGUUUACAAACUUAAUCCGUUCCGGACGUUCUUAAACCAAAACUGUUCUUAAACUGAGGCGCGCUUUCCUUAAUGAGACCUGCUGCUGCCAGUGCCCUUCCACCACUCAGCUUCCAUUCUUAGACCGAGAUAAAGUUAUCAAACCAAGACACUAUUUCCGGUUUUGCGGAGUUUGUAAACCAAAUUGUUCUUAAACUAGACUGUUCUUAAACCGAGGUACCGCUGUAGAUCUCUCCAAGAAACAGGGAUCUGAUUGGGCUCAAAAGCAGGAAAUAGGAGAAGAGUAAAGAGUAAAGGUUUGGCCAGCUGAUGGGCUUUCUGAGAGGAAGGGGGACAGUAUUUGUCCUUAGUUCUGUGAGGUGGCUGCUUGAUGUAUUGGAGUUGAGGAAGGAGAAGGGCAGAGGAAAGUCUACAGGAGAGUUCCUGGACAGGAAAAAGAUGUCCCUUUGGGAUCCAAAAGAUUCCUUAGCAACAAGGAAUCUUUUGGAUCCCAAAGGUGAAAAGCAUUUCCUUUUAAAACUCGUUGGCCUUAAAAAAAAGAAGAAGAGUGGCAGUGAUUGGGAGCGAAGAGUUUUUAAAUGGUGAUAACCAGGAAGUGGUCUUCCUAAACUUUGGAGAAUUGGCUUCCAAAAAUGCAUUGUUCUUCUGCUGUGCCAAGGGAAGGAGAGAUGGGUAGCAUAGCUCUUGGGCUCUUCUGGCAGAAGCCUCAGGCUAUUGAAACCUCUUGAUUUUAAAUAUUAAUUAAUUUUCCAUAUCACCCUUCAUCUGACUAUCACUGGACAGUUUACAAUAUAAGAACACAGAAAUACCUCCAAUAGUAACAAAUAAACUACCCCCCCCCCCCCCAGGUUAAAAGGCCUUGGAUUUUUAAUUUUCCAAAAGGAGAAGGCAAAUGUUUUCGCCUGGUGCCAAAAGAUAUGUAACAAAAGUGUCAGGUGAGCCUCCCUAGGGAGAGCAUCCCACAAGCAGGAGCCACCACAGAAAAGGCCCAUUUUUGUAUUGCUACCCUCAGGACCCCUCAUGGAGGAGGCACAUGAAGUUCAUAUGGGGAGAGUCAGUCCUUGAGGUAUUGCGGUCCUAAGCCAUUUAAGGCUUUAUAGGUCAAAAACAGCAGUUUGAAUUGGGCCCGGAAACUAAUUGGCAGCCAGUGCAGUUGGGGCAUGAUUGGAGUUACCGUAUUGGCCUGAAUAUAAGCUGCACCCGCAAAUAAGCCACACCUUUAAAAUUCAAGAAAAAAAUUAAAAAGGCAAUACCCAAAUAUAAGCCGCCCUCUUAAAAUUCUGGAGGCACUCACAUCUGUUCCGUUUUACCAUAUGUCUCUUUCAGCAGCCAUAUUAGAAUCAUAGAAUAGAAUCCUAGAGUUGGAAGAGACCACAAGGGCCAUCGAGUCCAACCCCCUGCCAAGCAGGAAACACCAUCAGAGCACUCCUGACAUAUGGUUGUCAAGCCUCUGCUUAAAGACCUCCAAAGAAGGAGACUCCAUCACACUCCUUGGCAGCAAAUUCCACUGUCAAACAGCUCUUACUGUCAGGAAGUUCUUCCUAAUGUUUAGGUGGAAUCUUCUUUCUUGUAGUUUGGAUCCAUUGCUCCGUGUCCGCUUCUCUGGAGCAGCAGAAAACAACCCUUCUCCCUCCUCUAUGUGACAUCCUUUUAUAUAUUUGAACAUGGCUAUCAUAUCACCCCUUAACCUCCUCUUCUCCAGGCUAAACAUGCCCAGCUCCCUUAGCCGUUCCUCAUAAGGCAUCGUUUCCAGGCCUUUGACCAUUUUGGUUGCCCUCCUCUGGACACGUUCCAAUUUGUCAGUGUCCUUCUUGAACUGUGGUGCCCAGAACUGGACACAGUACUCCAGGUGAGGUCUGACCAGAGCAGAAUACAGUGGCACUAUUACUUCCCUUGAUCUAGAUGCUAUACUCCUAUUGAUGCAGCCCAGAAUUGCAUUGGCUUUUUAAGCUGCCGCGUCACACUGUUGGCUCAUGUCAAGUUUGUGGUCAACAAAGCCAAUUUUCAUAAGGUCGCAAGUUUAAACCGCACACUAACUUUUCAUGGUUGGAAAUUGAAAAAAAAAGUGUGGCUUAUAUUCGGGCCAAUAUGGUUUAUACUUAAACCUUCUUGCCCCAGUGAGCAACCUGGGUGCUGAAUUCUACACCACUUGAAGUUUCCAAAUUGUCUGCAGAUUAUUAUAAACUCUAAUAAUCUAGUUUACUAGAGCAAGACAACCAAAGUUAGGAUAGUGACCUGAAACACAGGCCCAGAUGAGGGUCUGAGUGAGUGAUUUGAUGCAGGGAAAUAUACUGGGAAACAUCCAUGUCCCUGCACUGACGUCUGCAUGCAGAUCUAGCAAUCAUAAGAAUCAGUGUUUUCUGACAAACGGUAAGUCCAGUUGUGGCAGAAACGUCUGCUGCCCCAGUGGGAAUCCACAAUUACCAAGCUCAAAGUCAGCGGUCAGCAAACUUUUUCAGCAGGGGGCCGGUCCACCGUCCCUCAGACCUUGUGGGGGGCCGGACUAUACUUUGUGGGGAGGGGAGAAAUGAACUAAUUCCUAUGCCCCCGAGAUACAUUUUAAAUAAACGCACACAUUCUACUCACGUAAAAGCACCAGGCAGGCCCCACAAAUAACCCAGAGAUGCAUUUUAAAUAAAAGGACACAUUCUACUCCUGGACCGUCCACGGGCUGGACUUAGAAGGCGAUUGGGCCGGAUCCAGCCCCCAGGCCUUAGUUUGCCUACCCAUGCUCUAAGUCCACGUGACGUCCUGACACAAUGGAUACAGCAGCAGAGAAGCUCCAGGACCACCCGCAGUAUAAGAACUGUGGCUACUUGUCCACUUGUUUAGCAAUCAAACAGAUGUCAGUUAGGCACAUCCUCUCCUUCCACCAGCACUGUCCUGGUAGGAAUGCAGGUGGGCCACCAGCUGAAGCUAAUGGAAAGCCCUCUGCACCACUAAGCCCACCUGAGCCUCAGGCGACAGCAAAGGAUCCAGAAGUACCCCCAAGCUGCAUCCCUGCUCCUUCUGAGGAGUGUGACCCCAUCAAGAGCAGGCCACCUCCCAGCCAUCUGGUCUAGGGAACCACCCUCUAACAGUGCCACAGUCUUAUCUGGAUUGAGCUUCAGUUUGAUUAUCUAUUGUGGGGUGAGAGAAGGAAGAAUUGGUAUUUUAGAUGAUCAUUUCUUGGCUUAACACUAACAGGAGUCUGGUGAAAAGUACAACUGAUAAGGGAGGAAGGCAAAGAUUUACAGUGAAGGGGAUGGCGAUCAGUGCAGUUAGCAGGACAUAUUGCAACUCAGCUUGCUUAAAUAUGCCUUGUGAGAGUUACAGUAAAGGAAUCUCUGUUCUUGUCUCUCCCAGCCAAAACAAAAAAAUGAUACAGGCUAUCAUUCUUAAAGCAAAAUCUGGAUUUUGGGGUGUUCCAUAACAUAUUGAAUCUGGUAAAGAUUAACUUAUCUGGUUACCUUUCCAGGAGAAUGGAGUUGCAGAAGAACAACCUGUGGAAUUGGAAUCCUUGCAAGGCUCAGGGGCCAGGUAAGAGCCCCCUAGCAUGGAGAAACCAAGAGAAUGGUCCUUGGGAAGCCAGACCAUAUGUGCACCUAUUUAUUUUAUGUUAUCAAAUUUAUAAUAACAGACUUAUACACUGCCUUUUAGUCAAGUGGCCCAGGUAGUUACAAUAAAAUAUUAAAAACAUUACAAAAUAACUAAUACCGAAAAAUAGCCAAAGGAGCACAUUUGUAAAAUCAGCAUAAUCUCAUAUGAACCCGAAUAAAACAGAUCAACAAACGUUUAAAAGUCUGGGGAAAUAAAAAGGUGUUUCUGGCACCAGGCUAAGACAACAAGAUAAUGCCUGCCAGGCAAGCCUUUCUAGGGACAGCGCCUUCAAAGCAGGCUGCCAGCCCAGGGUCUUUUCCCCAGUAAACAUCUGUAAUGUCUUAGAAUGGUUGGGGGAACCUGGAGAGGGGCACCUGGUGAUCUCAUGGGAUGCUCCGGUUUAUAUGCCUGGAGUUCAUUUCAGGAUGCUUCAGGUUGCAGGCUUUUGUCUAGUUGUACACAGUACCCAUUACUGACUGUUAGAUAAGAAAAAAUGAAAGAAGCAAGCCCAGCUUUUUCACCAGGUACAGUGGAACCUCAGUUGUUGAAUGUAAUCCAUCCUGGAGGAUCGUUCAACAUCCGAAAUGUUCAACAACUGAGGCACAAUUGCUGGUCAGCAAUUUCCUUUUAAAAAUGGAGAAACACGUCUUGGAAGCCAUUCAACUUCCGAGGCGUGUUUGAAAUCAAAGCAUUCACUUCCGGGUUGUCAGUGUUCAGGUUCCAAAUUGUUCAGCUUCUGAAGCGUUCAGCAACUGACGUUCCACUAUAGAAUUAAGUCACCUAGGCAGUUCAGACUGAAACCCAGCAUAGUUGUACUUUUGUACCAAUAACCUAUUGCAGAGCUUUCCAGACUUUUCAUGCUGGUGACACACUUUUUAGACAUGCAUCAUUUUGUGACACAGUAAUUCAGUUUUACUAGCAAACCAGAGGUUAAACUAACCCCUUUCCAGCCCUGGGAGGAGCGUGGGGAACGCUCGUGUGACACACACUGCAGCCGACAGUGAUCACAGCCGAAUGUGAUUGCCAGCCUUAGUCUCAGAAAUCUCAUUCUGCACAAAAUUCUGGAGUUACCAAAGCCCAGCUUGGCAUAUGACUAAAUGUCAAAGCCAAGACUUAGUGGGCUGGUGUUCUGUGGCUAGAGAUUUGAGAGUGUUUGCAACUGGCUGAGAGUUGAUGCUGCAAAUUAGGUUGUGUGGUGUGUUUUUUUGCAAACCCACAGUGUAUUACCUUUCUUUCUUUACAGAAAUAGUUCUGGUCAGGACCAGGCUGAAGAGCUAUGCAAGAGGCUGAAGGAGGUAGAGGAUGAGUAAGUUCAUGAUAAUAUGCUUAUACUUUCUCAGGUAUGUCCAGCCAGAAUGCCGGCAGAAUGUUGGAAGACAUCUAGGGAGUGAAACUUACAGAUGUUGGCAAGUAGUGUGUUUUGAGGAGGGGAGAGCCCAUAAAGGAGAUGUCCAUGAAUCCAGCUGUUAGUUAGUACAAUGAGAGGCAGUCACAGCUGGGGCUAUGCAAAAGUCAUUUGGCAGGAUUUGAUCCAGGGAAGCCUCCUUCCACUAAAUGAGGCCAAGCGCCCGCCAUUUAUGUGGCCUGGUCCCUGAAGCAGGUGGGAGGAGUAACUCAAUAUUGGUUAAUCCCUGCCAUUUAAGGAGAAUGGGCAGAAUCCAUGUGGCCAGGAAAUUGAGGAUGGGAUGGUAAAAUGGUUACUUCUGAGCCAGAAGCCACUGCAAAGUUAUUAGCAGUUACUGAGGUGGUAAACCUGCAUUUGAGCUGCACCAGCUCACACUGCAUGUAUGGAUUUCAUAUAAUGAAAUGCUCAUUAUAUGAACCUACCGUCAGGAAGAGGACUUGGCUAGAAUUUCUCUUUGUGAUACAUUAUUUUCUCUGUGCUGUUCAUUUAUGGAGGAGUGUGCAUUCUUGAGUCCCCACCUAUAGUGUGAGGUGGUGCAACCGAGACCCAGGAUUAUUACCUCAGUGAGGAAAAUAUUUUAGAGCAGGGCUGCUGGAAUCUCUGGCCUCCCAGGGGUUGUUGGAUUACAGUUCCCAUCAUCCCUGAUCAUUGGCUUUGCUGGCUGGAGCUGUUGGGAGUCAAACAAUACUUUGAGGGAUAAAGGUUUCCCAUCAGUGCUCCCGAGUGCGUGUGCAUUAACAGAAUCAUCAGGUCAUGACAGAAUCAUACUUUCCCCCUCCUCUCCAACCUUGUGUAAGGACUGUCAGUGGAAGCGUGAAGGACAAUAGCAAUUUAAGUCUUGGGGGCUGAAGAUUGGCAGGUGAAAGGGUAUAGUAUUUGCAACACCCAAAGCAAUGGAAGGUUUUGGAGUAUGGAGUGUUGAGGUGGAUGCUACUAUCCCUCAGAAUAAUGAGCAUUAUUGAGUAAAUCCUAGGAUGAAUGUCCUAUCCACAAACAACCCCUCCUCCCCCAGUGUAGCUUUGGUAGAUCAUAACUAGUAUAUUUUGGACAGGACAUCAAGGGUUUGCUACUGAGUGAUGGAACCUGUAGUGGCUAGUACUGAAGUAGAGUAGAGGAUAUGCUAUCUUGUGAAGUUCAGCAGCCGCACAUUUUAUCAUUCCAACCCCCAGGAGUUCAUCCCUUCGUCAACAGCUGGCAUCAGCCAGAGAGGAGCUCGUGCGUCUGGCAGCAUGGGAGCAUGAGACCCAGCAGCAGCUACAAACACUGAGCAAGCAGUUGGAGGUGAAUUUUCACUCUAGUAUGAAAAUCUUGUUCCCACAAGCUUCAGAGGUUCCUGUCUGUCCCACUUCACAGGUACUGACUGACCUGUGAUCUGUCUCCCACUCUCAUUACAGCAGGCAGGGGAGGACAAGGCCUCAGUAAAGGCUCAGGUGACUUCCUUGUUGGGGGAGUUGCAGGAGAGCCAAAGUCGCCUGGAAACCUGCACACAGGAAAAGAAAGAGCUGGAGGAGAGGUGAGUCACGCAGGAGACUUGUGUGGUCAGGCUGUGUGGUUGGCAAGUGGCUGGAGGGAGGCCUUUUUGCCUGCAGUGAUGCAGACAUUAUGAAACAAUGAGCUGGGCCUGCUCUGUGGGACAGGGAGAUUGGCUCCACUGUCUUUCCCCCCCCAAGCAUACUGACCUCAAACUGGAAGAGAUCAUGUGACGUCCUUUGUGCAGCAGGGGUCUGGAUGUGUCCUGUACCUGGCACCCUAAAUCUGGAACAGCCACAUUUGCUUGAUUAGCUCAUGCCUGUGUGAAAAACACUAGGUGUUUUGAAUACCAAAAUCAAGACCCAGUCUCAGAAAAAUAUAGGAGACAGCUUUGAUCCAUUAGAACUGGCAGUCCAUUAGAGUGGAAGCCUUUUUUUUUCUUCCAGUGGUUAGGUGUCAAACCAAAAAGCAAGUUGGGAACUGCUGCUGGCCUUCCAUGUGCUUUCUCACAGUGUAUGGGAUCACAAAAAUAAUGACAAAAAAAUGUUGAAGAGCUGGGGAUGCUUCUUUGAUAUUUUCACCUCUGUCACUUGCCUUGGUGAAGAGGUCGGCAGGUUGCUUCUUCAGGAAUGCAAGCAGCUAUGAUGGAAAGGUCAGAGAGAACCCCACCCUCAGUUACAUGCACAUCCUCAACAGUGGCCCACUUUCCAUGUGAAGCCACAGAAGAGGAUGACAGCACCGAGUGUUACGAUGAAGAAGAUUCAAGGAGUUGCGUAGAAAACCUAUUGAAUCAAACAAUGCUGGAUCUAGUGCUGUCAUGGUACAUAUUUUCUGGGGUGAAAAGGCAAGGGUAAUUCUGUCUACCCAGGAAAUCUUGGCUAGCAGGUAAAGAGCUGUAUUUGUCUUUUCUGCUGUGCUACAGGGUCCGUGCAGCUGGCGAAAGACUCCAACAUCUUGAAAAGGAGGCUGAAGCCCGCACCAAACAGCACAGUGUGCAAGUCGAUCAGUUGCGCCUGCAGGUGCAAAAUCUAGAAAGUGCCUUGCGAGUGGAGCGGCAGAGCGCCACAGAGGAAAAGUGAGUGAGAGGAUGGGAGAGCAAAGAGCCUGGGGGAUUUAGCCCUGUGGCAAGUACCUAUAAACUGAUCUAUUCCCUCUCUCCUCUAUAGGAGAAAAUUAGCUCAGCUGCAGGUGGCCUAUCACCAGCUCUUCCAGGAGUAUGACUCUCAUAUCAAAGCCAGUCUAGAAAAUGAGAAGUGGAGCCAGGUGGGAGAAAUGAUGCUUUGUAAUGAAAACCUUAAUUCUAUAAAGGGUCCCUUUUCCACUUUGUCUGGGUGGGGGCGGGGAGGUAGAUUGAGAUGUCAUGCUUCGUUUUUCCUCUAGCAACAUGCAGCACCUGAUACUUUUUAGAGCUGCCCCAUUCCUUCCAACCCACCAGAGUUCCAGUUUUCUCAUUUUUCCUGGCAUUUGUAAAGCAUUUGCCCCCCAUUCCUGUGUUGGGGUGGCUAAUACAUGAUCACAGACCGUAUCUAGUCCCUUAAAAUAAGUUUAAUAAUAAUGACGGCUCCCAUGUGUCCCAUGCCAAAAGUUGCUUUAGGGCCCCCAGCCCCUCAAAUCUGUCCCUCAAAAAAAAAAUAAAAAAAAAUACUAUACUGAUAAUUCCUGUUUAUCAUUUGCAAUAAAGAAAUUUGUGCCCAAAGUUGGUUUUAAUUCUUAAAAAAUAUUGACAAUUCCUAUGCUCUGAUGCCAAAAGUGCCCCAAUUGCUUUUUUAAACUUGAAAAAGAAAACAGGUGGCAAGCCCCAUGCCAAAGAUCAUCGUACUCUUAUUAAAUUUAGUAAUAAUGAGUGACAAAAAUGGUUUAAAAUGGGUGUCAUUUGUUGAGGGGUCUUUUGGAAGGCUUACCUUCUUUUGCAACAACUUUACACUUCAGCCUUGGCUCCUAGAGGGUUGGUCAUUGUGGCACUGGGCCUGAAAAACUUUAGCCACCCUUGUUCUAUAUAGUUUAAAAAGGUUUGGAAGGGGCAGUAUUUUAUUUGAUAAAAUAGUAAUAAGAAUAAUUUCCUAGUUGUAUGGCUUGUGGCGCAGUGGGUUCUCCAGUUACAAAAACAAAAAGGUAUGUAUGUAUAUAUUGUGUUUAUGCAUCAGUCACACUAAAGUCAGAAAGAAAUUUACAGUAUUUCCAAAGUAACUAUAGUGGUCUGUUGUACUAAAUAUAAAUGCAUACCCUUUGUAUACCUUUUUUAAGAGUAAUCCCAACAAACUUAAUAGACUUUAGUCAUGUUAAAAAUUAAAACAGGACAGUCUUAGUCUGAUUUAAUUAAUUUAGAACCAUUGGCAUGCAGUCCCCAGCAGAAAGUUGCCUACAGUGCUGUAGCAUUAUUGAACUCUGUCCCCUCCUCAGGGUUUGGAUGUGCGGGCUGCUGAAUUGUCUGAGCAAUUACAGCAGGCUGAAGAGGCUCUGGUGGCCAAGCAGGAACUGAUUGACAAGCUGAAGGAGGAGGCUGAGCAGCACAAGGCUAUCAUGGAGACUGUGCCUGUGCUCAAGGCACAGGUGAGUAGGGAAUUAAGUUUGCCAUGGGGAAGUAGCCAUGCUGGAAAAGGGAUUGGUGUGUAUGUUUGUGGCAACCUGGGGAAUGUGAGUAGUGCAGUAAGAGGUAAAGUAGCUGUCACCCUACUUUUUAUUCAGGCUGAUAUCUACAAGACAGACUUCUUGGCAGAGCGUCAUGCUCGGGAAAAACUACAUGAACAGCGAGAGGCCCUGCUGGAGCAAGUUGCUCAACUGCAGAGAGAUUAUGAAAAGCUGCAAGCAGAAUCUGAGGGAGUCAGACGGUGAGUAGGGGAUGGAUGAAAACACUGACACACCUAGAAUGUAGUAGUUUGUCCACAUCAGCUGUGGUGUUGGUAUCUGUGUUAAGCUUCUUUUGAUUUUGGGCAAGGUAUGAAAGUGGUCUGUAGCCAAAGGCAACGAACCUUAUACAGUGGUUCCUUGGGUUAAGUACUUAAUUCGUUCCGGAGGUCUGUACUUAACCUGCAGCACCACUCUAGCUAAUGGGGCCUCCUGCUGCCGCCGUGCCACCAGAGUACGAUUUCUGUUCUCAUCCUGAAGCAAAGUUCUUAACCCAAGGUACUAUUUCUGGGUUAGAGGAGUCUAACCUGAAGCGUCUGUAACCCGAGGUACCACUGUACGUCUUUCACUUUUCCUGGGAAAGGGUUAGUAUUACAAAUAAACUGAAUUGUGGUUAUCUCUCCCUAAACAGUUCUCUGAUGGAAGAGAUGAGGAAUCGCCAUUCAGAAAUGCGGCCACAACCUCAGCCAGGUGUGUUUUAGUGUUGCUUAUCCUUAAGAGAAAAAAAAUCAGUUCACACACAAGCACAUACUGCUUAUGUUAUUUCUAAUCAAUUUGGCUUGUUUUAAGAAUUCCUUUAAAAAAACCAAAAACUUUAUUGCCUGCCUUUAUUUAUUGCUGGUUAACCAUUCUGGCAUCUUGAACCUGCUGUAAUCUUUCCACAAGUGUGGCAUAUAUUCCUCCUAAGCAUCUAGUAUUGUGGUUUUUAAAUAUACUCCAAGCAUCCUGAAGAGAUUUGUCCCUCUUGAUUCCCUCUUCUGCUUUCUUGAAGGAACUUGCAGCUAUGAGAACAAAUGUGAAGUGUUGUCAUCACUGCUAGCAUGACGGAGUAAAUAUACUGGUGCAUGCAGAUUGACUGUACUUUUCUUGUCCUUCCAGGUUUCCCGAGGGGUCCUGCCCCAUUCCACCCCCAGCUUCUAACAGUGAGAAGACAAAGCCUUGCUGAAGAACCAAUUGAGUUCUCUUGUCCCAAGUGCCAGUACAGGGCUCCAGACAUGGACACUCUACAAAUCCACGUCAUGGACUGUAUCCAGUGACACUGAUUGAGGAAGGGAAUGAGUGUUCCAUUCUGUGGUAUCAUUUUGUUGCCUUAAGCCAAACCAGCAGUACAGCUAAGAGUUUACCUUGGAGCAAAGAUCAUUGACUGUUUCCUCCCUACAUGUAUGUCAUUAACUUUUUUCCUUCUAUGAAAAUGGUAAAGCCUGCUGCUGUCCUCCUUCAGAGCCUGGCUACCAUAGCCAUGGGGUUUUCACUGUUUUAGGUUUGUGUGAAAUAAUGUGUUUGAUCUACUGUAUGUCAGGAGGAUUCAGCCACCCCUUUAACAUAACAAACAAUACAUAUCUCAGUAGCUCUUUUAAGGGUGCUUCUCCAUGAAGACUGCUCAUUCUUGCUUUCUCUAAGUGCCUCCCAAGAUACAGGAAGAAUUCUCCAAGCUACAUACCCUAACUGUGCCUUACACAUUUCCUUAGCCAAGCUGUGAUGAGGAAGCCCAUGCAAUAGAGAAAGAGAAUAGUUUAUUUCUUUUGCUUUCCAAGAGGUAUGCCCAGUUGAAACUGCUUAUUGGGGUUAGUUACCAGUAUUUCUACAGUAUGAAGAGUCACUAUACGACUCCUACUUUCUCUAAAGUCAAUUAAAGUAAAGUUCAAGAUCAGCAAUGACUUUUCUACUUAUACCUGGCAUAUUCCCUCCUCUGUUAACAGUGUGUAAGUACUUCACCCUUCCAAAUACCACAAUAGUUGUAGAAAUCAACUUUAUUAACUCAAUCACCAAUAAUUUACAACCCAAGGAACAAUCCAUGAAGCUGAGCUUGGUGCUGCUCCUCCAGGUUUCCUCUGCUCCUCCAAGCCCAUGAUUGGGUUUUAACGGAGGUGCUUCAUAAUGAGAGGAGAGACCUCUGGCCCAACCAAAUGGCUUUUUAAGUCACCCACCCUCCUUUUGGACCAGCUGCUCAGUCUGACCAAAAGCUGGGAGAGCUCAAUAACAAGCAGAACUAUUCCAAUAAAUAAUUCAAGUUACCAUCUUCUCCAAAAUCAAGAGUGUCCGCAAUUUACCUGCUUGCAGGAAAUGACUUUAAAAUUGAUCACAUCAGAUGGCAGGAAGGAACCAGCCACCAACUGAUAGUGUUCUGAGGAUCAUUUUGCUGUAGAAGGUAACUGCACACUGAUCCAAAGGCUCGGGUGCUACCCUUUUCAAUCCCAGAACCUACAGUGGAUAAAAGAAAACUAUUUUGCCACCUCAUGAUGCAGCUUCAGGGCUGGCACUGGAAUUAUUAUCCUGAGGGGAGGCACUGGCCCCACGGGGUGUCACUUCAAUGAUACGGGGUUUGUCAAUGAUGCGAGCGGUCUGGUUGCCCUUCUCCACAAUGCCAAUGAUCCAGGCUUGGUGUCCUUCUCCAUAUUUGGGAGAUUUGAUCUCUGCACAGAAGCGAGCAGCCUGCUCUCGGGGUAAACAGAUCAGCAGCCCACCUGCCAUGUAGGAGAGCAAGUUACAGGUCACUUACAGGUUUAAAUUCCCUUCGACCCCACCUUCAGCUCCUAUAGCGCAGACUAUCGAUCUUACCAGAUGUCUCGGGGGAUGUUCCUUGUAGUAGCCGUGACCGGUUGCCACACGCUUUGCUAAUAGCAGCCAUUUUGGCAAGGAUAGGCAGAUUGUGGAUGACAAAUGACACCUCACUGCGCUGCUGUUUGGCCAAAUUCUGUGCAUGACCCAGAAUACCAAAGCCUGUAAUAUCUGUAGCAGCAUGGGCAUUGAAAGUAUGCAUCAAGCUGGCAGCUGAAAGACCAAGAGCAUGAACAUUUAAAAGCAGAAGUAAUGGCAAAGUAGCAGUCACAAUUGCUGCUAGCAAUCUCCAAACAACCACUGUCUAGCCUAUACCUAAUACAGCAAGAACCAAUCACUACUUCAUCAGGAGGCAGCUUCUGAAGGGUAGUAGCAACAUUAUGUGUCCAGCAGGGAUGCAGUAACCUUUGGCUUUACAUAUACGAUGUAAAUUAAUUCUUCAUUAAUACCUGCCCAUCAAGGUAUGGGGAAAUCGGGUCCACUCAGGUCCUAGAGCCUCAUGUCUAAGAGGAUGGAAAUCUUUUCAGCCCAAGGGCUGCACUCCCUUACAAGCCACUUUCCAGGGAAAACACUUUUUUGGAGUAAUGCCAUAACAUUAUAUAUCAGUGGAAAGAUAAUUUAAUGAAGAAUGUAAUGCAAUAACUUUUAUGAAGGAUUAUUUAUUACAACAGCAGUCAUAAAGAAGAAACGUGAAACAUAGAAAAAGUGAGAUAUACAAAAAUUCUCACCACGUCAGUUAAUAGUUGGGUAACCUUUAGCUUUAAUUAUGGCCUUAAACACUUUCCUGUGGAGUGAACCAAGUUUUUUUAGUUCUGCAGCUGUAAUAAUGUGAAACCAAGAUUGAAUUAUUGCCUCCAUUUAUUGGGUUUUCUUGCUGGGUUGCUUCUGACUAACAAGUUUCUUUGGUUGGCUCCAUAGAUUUUCGACUGGGUUAAGGUCUGGGUUAUGUAAUAUUGGGCAUUUACAUUCCCAUUAAUAAUGCAAAUUAUGCCCACACCUUUUGCUAUCAUACAGCCCCAGAUCAUAACACUUAACUGGGUGUUUCAUGGUACUUGCAAUGCAAGUAGAAUGGAAAUCUCUGAUUCUUCUCAUGUAUUUCAUGCCAUCACUACCAAAAGCAAGGAGAUUUGGGUCUUAUCCCUCCAAAUAGCACUGUCCCAUUGUUCUGCUGUCCAGUUAACAUGGGUUUUAGCCCAGUUUGAUCUUUUCAACCUUUGUUUGAGAUAACAAUGGCUUUUUCCUUGGAAUUCUAGCAUUUAGACCGUAUUCCUGCAGUCUGUGCCAAACAGUUCUUGCACUCAACUUCACAUUACAUUGCACCAUGUCAUCUUGUAUACACCCAGAUGAUUUUAUUCUAUCUCAUAUACACAGUCUCUCAAUUCUUCCAUUGUCACCUGCUGUUGUGCACCUUUUCCUGCGUUUUCCAGUCUGAUUUUGUAGUGACUGAGUCUCCUUAUACCUCUUCAAAAAUCUAGCAAUGCCACCUUUGGUUAAGUUUCCACCAAUUUUUCUUCUAAUUUCUUCAUAAUUGUAGCCUUGUUCACUUAAUAGUACUAUUUUACUAAAUGAAAGAACAAAAAAACAAAAAACCACAAAACAACACAAAAACAACCAGCUUGAUAACAUCAAUAGCUGAAUCCUACUGUGAUCUGAUUGAAUCAUUGCCCAAACAAGUUGACACCUGAUUGGCUCUCUAAACACUCAUGCUCAUUUGCUACAUUCAAAUGAAGGAUAGCUACUGCAUAUCAACCUAAGCAAGCUGUGCUUCCUUUUUCUGGUUAUUUGGCUAUAACUUUUGACAGAUAAUUGAACAAACUUUGUUGCAUUACAUUCUUCAUUAAAUUAUUUUUCCAUUGAUAUAUAAUUUUAUGGUAUUACUAAAAAAGAAGAAGUGGUGUUAGGAGCCAUCAAACCUCGGAAAUACACGUUUUCCAAAACGUUUCCACAAUUUGGGCCACUAGUGUACACCCAGUUCUGUCAGCAAAUUAAGUUAUGGACUCAAUUCCCCCUUUGUUUAAAAGUAUCAAAUUUUGAAGAGCACUAGGGCUGGGCAAUAUCUGGUUUUCAAUAUAACGAUACAGCUAAACAUUGCAAUAUACCAAUACAUCACAAUUAUCUGAAAUAAGAUGGAGCUACGUAGAGGCGAACAUGGUAAUGUCCUUGCAACUGCUACUAAGUUACGGGUCUAAAUCACCACACACUAAAUCAUCACUUUCAUCAGCAGGCAAGCCAAAAUGCAUCCAAACAGGAUGCUUUUGGGCAUGAAUAUUCAGGCCUAGGACAAUCCAAAAUACAGUGGUGAAUCAGAGUGAAUACAAAUAAUCUGGGAAAAUAUUGGAACAACAACAAAAUAAUAAUCUAAAUUUGAUGCAUAUAAUUAUAUGAAAAUUAACUCGAUGAUAGCAUGCUUCAACCAAACCAUUAAAGAUUUCUGGAGAAUAUAUUAAUGUUCUAUGCAGUUUUAGGGGCAAAUUAAAAAUUUACAAUAUUAAACUUGCAUAUGAUUAACAAUUCAAUCUGUUUUCUACUAAUUUAAGAGUAAUUUAUGUAAUUUACUAGUGCCAAGUUGCAUCUCCUUCCCAACUCAGAGGGCCAACUGCAAUUCUAUGCAUGAGUAAGCCCUCCUGAGUUCAGCUAAACUUGCUUCUACUUUCCUGGGAGUAAGCCCCAUUGAAUUUAGUAGAGCUUACUUCUGAGUAGACACACAUUUGCUUGGACUCCUUACCAACAAGCACCCACCCUCCCUAUCAUUCUUGCCUCACAACACUCAACCUCCCAUUUCAGCACGAGGCAGCAACUGUUAAAUCUUCCCCCUCUUCAUUUCUUCCCAUUGUGACACAGAAGGGCCCCCAUCACACCAUUCUCUCCCUUUUUAUCAAAGGGAAGGAGGAAAGCCUUUUUCAUACGAGGGAAGCUAUUUAGAGUGAACCAACUAUGUCUUACACAGCAACUUGUUUUUUUGUUCUUACUUUCAUGGGGGCGGGGGAGAAGGGGCUGCAUCAAAACCUCAGACAGUAGUAAAGGGAGGGGAGAGAAAGGCAUGCGCAUGCGCGCGCGCACACACACACACACACACACACACACACAGUGGCAGAAGGGGAGACAGGCAGUAAAGGCAUCAGAGGGGAGAGAGCCGCUUCAGGCACACAUGCGCAGGGGAGUAAAGAAAGACUUAAAUAACAGGGCAACCUUUUUUGUUCUUACUCUGAAGAAAACAACCCUGUUUGUUCUUUCACUGGGUAAGGAGAGGGGAAAGGGGGCUUCCAGCAAGAAUCCCCAAGCCAGCUCAGACCAGCAUCUCUGCAAACCACACCUACCAGCCUGUCACACUGGGUACUAGCCUACUUUAAGCAAGCAGAACAUAGUCUUUUAAGUUGCUGCUGCUGGUGGUGGUUUCCCAGCUACUUUCAUAAUCGUCACCUGCAGAGGCAGUGGAGCUGAGCUGGGGCUCGCUGCAGAAUUGAAACAUAGUGAUAGCUGCUACGCCUGCUCUUGUGAGUCGCUUGCUGCUUCUGUAGGAGGCACCGGAAGCACUAAGAAGCACACGGGUUUUCUCAAAUUCAUGAUGUUUGCCAGGUAACAUUUUAUGAAAGUUACCGUGAUGUGGACUUCCUAAUCGAUUUUGAACAAUAUAUUGAAAAAUCACCCAGGUCUAAUCUGCACACAUAUCUGCAGAUGGAAUCUUAAAUCACCUGAGCUUUAUUACUUUCAUCCCAAUGGUAACUUUUUGUGAUGAGAAAUACUAAUCAACUGAUAUGUAAAAAAAUAAAAAUUAUUAUUGUACAU